GGAGGUGGAGGUGGAGGAGAGCCGUCGGACCAUCCUACCAGCCGCUGCUGUGGAGGAGGACUACACCCCCCCCCCCAGUCUGUCUGGCUGUAGUGUGACGACAUGACAGCCCUGCGUCAGAGGAAGGGCAGCAAGGGGAAAGAGCCCCCCCCCCUGGGUGGUGCAGAGUUCCAGUCCCAGCAGUCCAACUGUUGCACCGACCACCAUCCGGAGAAGAUCCUGCACGGUGAUUGGUCAUGGGGGGCAAUAAUCUGGACGUCGGUGGGCUGGUCUGUGUCUGUCGGUCUGGGCCUGCUGUGCUGCAUCUACAUGGCCACGCUGCAUGAGAACGACCUGUGGUUCUCCAACAUUAAGGAGGUGGAGCGGGAGAUCACGUUUCGGACCGAGUGUGGACUGUACUACUCCUACUACAAGCAGAUGCUGCAGGCCCCGUCCAUACAGGAAGGGCUCUCGGAUUUGAUCCAUGACAACUUGACAGAAUCCAAGAGGACCAUCAAUCUCCUGCAGCGAAUGAAUAUCUACCAAGAGGUCUUCCUCAGUGUUCUCUACAGAUGGCUGCCAAUACAGUCCUAUCUGGAGCCGGUCUAUUUCUACAUUUACACAGUGUUCUCGCUCCAAGCGGUGUACGUGAUCGCUCUGUACCUCACAGCGUGGCUGCUGUCGGGCUCCUGGCUGGCGGGCACGCUCACGGGGGUCUGGUACAUCCUCAACAGGGUGGAUACCACUCGUGUGGAGUUCACCAUCUCCCUCAGAGAGAACUGGUCCCUGCCCUUCCUAGCGCUGCAGGUCACCACCAUCACCUGUUACCUCCGGCCUCAGCUCACCGCCUUGCAGCAGAAGGUGGUGGUGUGGUUGAUGUAUGUGACGACGUUCUGCUUCUGUCUGACGUGGCAGUUCAACCAGUUCAUCCUGCUCGUUCAGGCGCUCAUCAUCUACACACUGGACUGUGGCGAUUUCUUAACAACCACACAGGUGACCACUAUGUACCUAGUUCAAGUGUGCAGUCUGCUGAGCGUGUGGCUCCUCCAGUUCUGCAACUCCAUGAUACUGGGAUCACUGGUCCUGAGCUUCAUCGUAGCCGCACUCUUCAUCAGACACUGCCAGUCCGGUCUGAAGACGGGAAGCCCGCUGGUUCGUCUGGCCAAACUUCUUCUUCACAGCGCCAUGGUUCUCCUCCUCACCUUCACCAUCAACUACUUGGCCAAGAAAGCUCUUCAGCUCAGAUCGGACGAACACAUCUUUAAAUUCAUCAAGUCGAAGCUCGCCUUGGGGCCGACGAGGGAUUUCGAUGCCAGUCUGUAUCUGUGCGAGGAGGCCUUUGGCCUGCUGCCCCUCGACACAAUGGAGCGCCUGGCUGGCACCCUGCUGCUGUACCCCUACGUCCCCACUCUGCUGCUGCUCAGCGCCAUGUUUGCAGCGGCUGCACUGCAGAACCUCAGACCUAAAGGAGGUUCAGUGGAGGAGAGGCGAGGAGGCGGAGACGGGCGAGCGGCGGCUUUCCGUCCAGACGUGGCCUACAAUCUGUUGCACACCCUGUUCUACGGCCUCCUGGCUUUCAGCACUAUGAGGAUGAAGUAUAUAUGGACGGGCCAUAUGUGUGCAGUCGCGGCCUACGGUGUGUGUGGGAAGGAGUUGUGGACUCUGCUUCUCAACACUCUCAGAUGCAACAGUAAAGUUCUGUUAAGGCUCCUCAGACAUGCAGUCCCGCUGCUGAUGAUCGGUUGUCUGUAUUACAAGUUCUGGCCUAAGCUGAUGGAGGAGCUAUCAGAACUGAGGGAGUUUUACGAUCCAGACACUGUGGAGCUCAUGACCUGGAUUAGCACAAAGACCCCUAAGGGGGCAGUAUUUGCGGGCAGCAUGCAGCUGCUGGCCGGCAUCAAGCUGUGCACAGGCAGAGUUCUCACCAACCACCCCCAUUAUGAAGAUAAAGACCUGCGGGAGAGAACCAAACAGGUAUAUCAGGUGUACGCUCGCCGGUCCCCAGAGGAGGUCCACGACAUCCUGAGGGCCAUGGGGGCCGACUAUGUGGUGUUAGAGAACAGCAUCUGUUACGAGCGGAGGCACAGCCGAGGCUGCAGACUGAGGGACCUGCUCGACCUGGCCAACGGACAUAUCAUGGACGGACCGGGAGAGAAUGAGCCAGACCUCGUCCCCGCCUCCCAACCUCGAUUUUGCGAGGCCAUCAAGACAGAGGCGGCGGCUUACACUGCUCUGUUCACCAGAACAUUCCAGAACAAAACCUUCCACGUGUACCGGGUCAAGAAGAAACGCAAGAAGAGCACCAAGAGCUCGUCGGAGCCCAGUGUGACUCAGUAGAGCAGGAUCAGGGCUUUUGCGAGGAUCAGGGCUUUUGCGAGGACCCCCCCCCAUACACACACACAUACACACACACAGUCAGAGGCCAGAGGGGUGAGAGACGGAGGGGAAGAAGACAUAAAAGCGCUGAAUCCUCGCUGUUCCUCUUUCUCCUUCUCUGCACUGUGCCCUGCUGUGAUCAUGCCCAUUAUUUUUUUAACACAUGGCUCUGUGAACUGUGGUGUUGGAGCAGUGUGCCGGUUCAAGCUCGGGGCUGCAUUGUUUUAGUUAGUGGAGUGUGGAAGGCUCCUAUAGGAGUCCCGCUUGGGGCUGUUAUGUCUCUAACCCUCAGCAAACACAGAAAAUAACUAUUAGGCCUGUAAGCAGGGUCUGGAACACCACCAGCAACUACUUAUCAGUUACUUUCAUUUGAAGGAGUCAGUGUCAUUUCUACACAGCGUCAUUUAUCAAAAUUCAUUGCUAAAAUGUAAUUAUCAAAUCUGAAAAAAAUCAAAUAUUUAAGUUUUGCUUUACACAUAUUGAAGCAACAGGUCAUAAAUAACUCAAAGAUUGACAUUGAAAACACGCAAAAAAAAAACCUGCAGAUAUACGAUACAUUGCAUACUUUCUUUACUUAAUCCUACACACUCGUCAUUUAAGAAUUCUUAGACAUGUGUUGCCUGUUUUUAGAAAUUAUUUUGAUUAUUCUAAAUUGGCAAAAAUAAAAAUCUAACCUAAAAAAAAACCAGUUCCACCUCAAGAUUUAGUUAAAGUUAGUUUUUAUUUCCGUAGUUUUCAACUGCAUUGGUGGAUGGCUCAGUUGCCGUGGAAACUAAUCUGUUUGUAUGCAGUCUAUGGAGAUGUUAAGUAGUUGAUUUAGACUUUCUUUUAGAGUAAAAACAAUGUAAUGUGCCAAGAGUUCAGCAUCCUGUAGUCUAGGGCUGCGUCUGAAAUUUCAUACUAACAUGCUAUUUUCAGAAUUUUGUGCAUAGUCAAAAAAAGAAAAUUGUGUAUAUAAAUGGAAGUGUUUUUUUGUUGUUUUUUUGCGUGAAUGUCACCGCAAACAGUUUGUAAUUAUACUCCAAUACUGCAAAUAUACAGUAUAAAUGUUGCAAUACUUUCAGCAAUUGGCCAUAGGCUCAAUCACCAUUGUGUUACCUCAUUCGGCAAUAGAUAGUGACAUAACAGAUAUUUAUUUCAGUGAAAAUCUUCAAGAUUGCCAUUUAAAGCCCUGGUCACACCAGAAAGUGCCAAACCAGAUCCACCUGCAUGUCUUUGUGUAACAUUUGGUUCUAGAUUCUUGGUGCUUCAGUGACUACGUGAACUACUGUAGCUGGUAAAGCUAACCACUUACACGCUAACCAGCCGGGACGUGCUAGUCAGUCACAGUAGCUUACAGAGCUUCUUUCUACCGUUUCAUUUUGUUCUGUGUAUUGUACAUAAUUUCAUUCAAUAGAGUUUUAUUGAAGAGGGGGAAAGCUUCGUCACAACUUGCUUGCUGCCAACUGAGCCUUGGUUGCUAAACUGGACCAUUUCACUCAGUUUUUAAGAAGCGUUUGUACCAGCGACUCCUGUCUCAUAUUUGUCUGUGAACCAUUCCUCUUCUGUGGAGAAGUUUAUACUUUGACAGAAGUGUAAAAAAAAUAAAAGUGCAUGGUGCCAAUCAGCUAACAAGCUGCUGCUAGUUUCCUCCAUUUUGGACUCUUUGCUUUCUUUCUUUCCCCCCGAAGGUCAGCACCAAAUCAUGAUUGGCAUGCUAUUGGUGAAAGGCGCAAAUAUGCUGCUCAAAGUUCACCACAGUUGAAGUGAAUUCAUUUACUUCUUUUAAGACUUCAAGUUAAGCAUUAAUGUUCACUCUUGAACUUGGAAAUAGUUACAGACUCAAGGUCCACUUAAUAGGUUUCCGCAGAGCUUUGUACUCACACCGUCCUCUAACGGUGCUUUGUAUGAAGCUGAUACCGCUGGAUCUGAGUGAACUGUGCGUUUUUGCCUGAAAGC